GCUUGCUGGUCUUAAAUAUACUCGUCUCGUAGUAGUCGUCUGUGCUGCCGUAGCCCAGUGUCGAUCACGAAACGACAUUCCUGUAAACAUUUUUUUAAAAGUCCGCAUAACUUUUGUCAUAAAGGUUUUUCUUUUCAUAUUUCAACAGGACCGAGAAUCAAGUCCCAAGCAGACUUUCCGGAACACAGCAGCUGUCCCAGACGGUCCAUGAGCGAGUGAGCCCACCUUGCAGCCAGCAUGGCGCUGGUUGUUCCCGUCUCCGCCGAGCCCCGUGACCCGGGCCACCGCGCCCGAUCGCGCAGGCGACACCGCUCAGGCCCCUCGCCUCCGAUUGCCCCUCUAGACCGCGUGGGUUCGCUCGGCAGCCUGGCGGCGGCACAUCCGGGCCCCUUUCGGGACCUGGGAGCACCGGCGUCUCCUCUGGAACACUUCGGUAGUCCUCCAUCCAACGGGGCGUCCAGCAAGGGGAAGUGGGACUACGUCGAUGACUGGACCGACGUCCACGCCUCCAGCCCAACGAACUACCAAGACGGGACGAAGGAAGGCUUGAACGGGAAUCUGGGAGGGCCACCGCCACGACUCGUACCCGUGUCAGGAAAACUGGAAAAGACGAUGGAGAAAACGGUUCUGCGUCCCACCGCCUUCAAACCCGUCGUCCCCAAGAGCCGCACUCCCAUGCGCUACCUCUCCCCCCGCCACGGCGCCAGCGGACCGGAUAGCCAAAGCAACGUGAACCUGCUCAGCCCCGCCCACCGGGAGCUGUCACCUUCCGGCUCCGAGAAGCGCAGCUCGUACAGCGCAGGACGAAACGGCGGAAGCGGCAGCGGCAGCCAUUCCUGCUCGCUGUCUGACUCGGGCCGCAACUCGCUCUCCAGCCUGCCACCGUACGGCGGCCCGGCGACGGGAGAGGCAGCGGCGGCAGGUCACCCGGAGGCGACCAAGAGCGCCCCGUCUGUCAACGCGCACGGGCACUCGAACUCGGACAGCGGGCGCUCAUCCUCCAGCAAGAGCAGCGGGUCCAUGAGCGGGCGAGGUCAACCGCUGUCUGACUGCGGGUCCGGCGGGCGCUCCCCGGGUCCGGUCGAGGGCUACGAGGGCGUGGUGAGGGACCUGGAGGACAAACUCAGGGAGCGAGAGGAGGAGCUCCAGCAGCUCAGAGAAAACCUGGACGAGAACGAGGCCGCCAUUUGUCAGGUCUACGAGGAGAAGCAGAAGCGUUUCGAGCUGGAGCUGGAGGAGCUGAGGCAGAGCUGCGCCACCAGGAUGCAGACGGCCUCUCAGAAGGCCCAGCGAGCCCAGCAGGUGCUUCAGAUGCAGAUACAUCAGCUCCAGCAGGAAAAGAAGAAGCUUCAGGAGGACUUUGGCCAGCUCCUGAAGGAACGGGAGCAUCUGGAGGAGCGCUGCACCUCCUACGAGCAUGAGAAGAUCCAGCUUGGACCUCGACUGGAGGAGAGCAAAUGGGAGGUGUGCCAGAAGUCAGGAGAGAUCUCCUUGUUGAAGCAGCAGCUGAAGGAGGUCCAGGGGGAGCUGGCGCAGCGCGUUGGGGAGAUCGUGUCACUGCGGGGCCAGCUCCGUGAGACUCGUGGCGAGCUGACCAACACGCAGGCCCUGUUGCAGGACGCCGGCGGUGCCGCCCGCACGCGCAGCAUGGAGCUGGAGGUGUGCGAGAACGAGCUCCAGCGCCGCAAGAGCGAGGCCGAGCUGCUCCGGGAGAAGGCGGCACGCCUGGAGGGAGACUUGGCGCACCUCCGAGACACCCUCGCCGCUCAGGGAGCGGGAAGUAGACAAUGUCAGGUGUUCCAGGAGCACCAGGACGGCGAGCAGAGUUUAUCGGAGCGCUUGAGAGCCGAGCUGGCAUUGGAGCACCAGCACGCCGAGCAGCAAGCCAGCAGCUUCGAGGAGGAGCGCAGGAUAUGGCAGGAGGAGAAGGACAAGGUGGUCCGCUACCAGAAGGAGCUGCAGCACAACUACGUCAACAUGUACCGCAGGAACCGCGAGCUGGAGCAGAUGCUGGGGGAGCUCAGCCGGGAGCUGGAGAACAGAGACGACGACGACGGCAGCGGGAACGAGAUCAUUUUUGACGACGUCGCCGCCACUGAAAUAUGACUCGCUGUUUUUAUCAGUCACACGUCACAAUCUUCCUGUUUGUCAUCCGCCUCCUCCUGCUCCCACGAGGUCUCCACACUCCCACCCGCUCUGUGGCCGCCAUCGGCGCCCGGCCCACGCUGCCUGCACGUAAAUGUAGCCCACGUGACUCAGCCAGUUGUUGCAGAAGAUGACAUCAGUGUUUAUCAGUUUAUCAUGCGGCCUGCAUGGAAGAAAAAAAAAAACAGCAAACGAUCACCGUGAUGCAAAAAAAUUGUGUUGCCUUAAAGGGCCGCCUCCACCGCGGCGCCAUCUUGUAACGCUGACAAACUGCCGCAGUCAAUCCACCUGCUUUCUUUGAAUACUUGAAGAAUAGAAAUACUUCACGAUGGCUCAUCUUCCACGCGUACAAUCACCAGGACAGGAAGAGGAAGACUUUGUUUUCUGAUUGCUGUAAAUAAAUAAGUCAUAGAGCCACUGUGAAUAGACCAAAGAAAUGUUUUUAUGUUGUUUUGUUCCGCUUUCUUUAUUUUCACUCUGUUUUUAUUAAAGGUUACAUGUGAA